AUGUCAAAACUUUCGGCACUGAAAGAUCGAAUCGUCGGUCUGCCCUCCAAGAUUGCGGGUGCCGAAAAGCAGAGCGGACAAUACUUACUUCUACUACUUUCAAGUGAUCCAGAACCGCUCGAUUAUGUUCUUCUUGUGGUUGGAUUCAUCACCUCGAUCGCUUCUCGGGUUCCAUUCCCCCUACUGGGUAUCUUAUUCGGCCAACUGGUAGACGACCUCAAUUCAACAUCUUGUAGCACUUCAUCGACUGGUUCAGCGUCACUUACAGAUGGCGUUAUGACCAAAGUACGCCUGCGCAUGAGAUAUCUGGAUGUCCUUCUACAUCAAGAAGUCGCGUUUUUCGAUACAUUGCCAUCCGGUGAAGUAGCUUCCCGCCUCGAUGUCGAUCUUCAAACCAUUCAAACAGGAAGUUCUGAAAAGGUCAGAAUCUUCAUUGCCAGUAUCUCCUACUUCGUCGCGUCAUAUGUCGUUUCCUUCAUCAAGAGUGCGAAGCCGGCAGGUAUGCUCAUCUCUUUGGUACCAGCCUAUCUUUUUUUGGCAAUGGUGGGAGGACACUUCACUCAAAAGUGUGCAAGCCGAAUGUCAGAUCAUGUAGCGGCAGCGACGGCUAUCGCUUUAGCAGGACUGUCAAAUAUGUCUUUGGUUCAAGCUAUGGGUGCCAGUUCCCGCUUGGAAGCUGUUAUGAGUAAUUUCGUGUACGCACUAGCAUAUCAGCGGGUAGGUCGAAAUGUUGUAGAAGGACGUUACAAUCAACAACAAUUCUUCACGGUCCUACCUGCUCUUCUCUUUAGUGCUCUAUGUGGACAAAUGUUCUCCCUUGCUCCUGAUAUUUCUAAAGCCAGCGUAUCCGCUGCACGAGUUCUUGAUUUGAUAGAUAUUGGUCCUGAGAAUCUCCUCGAAUCCAAGAACAGCUGA